AUGGGAAACUCAAAUCAAGCAAACAACCAAAAUCUCAAUUAAAAUCUUUUUGAGCCCAAAGAUUUCGAAUAAAAGGAAAUUUUGACCGACUCUAGAUAUGGAAAGGCAACUAUAUUAAAGGAAAAAUUAACUUAACAACUCUAUGCCCAAAUCUAAAAUACAUUAACCGAAUAAGCCUAAUGGAAUGCCUAACUUUAAGAAGCUUUUUUCCGCAAGCAAUUAAGCCAUGCUAAUAUAGUUAAACUUCUCAACUAUAAUUCUUAAAAGAGUACUGAUUUCUGUUCUUCCUUUUUUAAAAUAAAUUUCUUAUAUGAAUACUUAAACAUUAACUUAAAAAACGAAAUAUUAGAACGCUAAAAAAUACAUUACAAUUACUAAGAAGGUGAAUUAUGGUAUUUAUUAGACAGUUUAAUAAGUGCAGCGUUUUACUUAAAAACAAAAGCCGUUUUUCAUGGCGAUAUAAGACCCUACAACGUGCUUUUGACAAACAAUGGAUAAGUAAAAUUAGGUGACUAAUUUUCUGCUACUAAGAAGAUGCCAGCUGUAGCUUAAAUAUAAAUUGGUGCAAGCUAAGAUUUUUAUUUGUCACCUUAACAUCUUUAAACUAUAAAUAAAGUAUCUACAAAUGUCUCUUUAGAUAAUUGGAAAGGAGACGUUUUCUCAAUAGCAGCUACUGUACUCGAAGCUGCAACUUUAGAAAGUUUUUCUGAAACCUGCUAUUCUAAAUAAGACUAUGCUUUGAAUUAAAGUCAAGUAAAUAACUUGCUUUAAAAAACACGAAUCAGCUAUUCUGAAAGACUCUUUAUUAUUUUGUAAAAAAUGCUUUCUGAAAGUGAAGCUUAAAGACCUUCUUUUGACGAAUUAGUAUAAGAAUUAAAUAAUGAUGAAUAUGUGAAAGUAAGAAAGACAGAAAAUAUUUAAAUUAUUAAAGUAGUUUAGUCUCAAAAUACAGUUAAUAAUGCUGUUCAAAAUCACUAAGAUUUCAACAUUUCUGAUGAAGAAAUGGAUCGUAGAAUAGAAGCUGCCUUAAAAAUGAGCAGAGAUGCAGUUGCUAGAUAUAAUAAUUCUCCAGCUUACAUAAGUCAAUAGAUAAAAAAUGACAAUACUACCAUAUAAUAUUAAACAGUUUAAGACGAAGUAAAAAGAAGUAAAAAACAAUCAGAAGAAGUUGCUUAUUAAUAAUAUAAUCCUCCUCUUACAAAUACAUAUUAAGUUCCUUCUACUAAUUAUUAAACAGUUUUAACUACAAGCUAUUAACCUUUGACUGAAUAUCAACCUAUUUCAUAUGUAUCUUAAUAAGCUGUAAUUAAUACAAAUGUCUAAUAAUCAAACCCUUUAUUCUUAAAUAAUAAUGUUGAUAAGUAUGCUUACAAUAGUAAUUAUAAUGUUUAAACUCCUAUUAGUUAUCCUGUUGUAGAAUAAGAAGUAGUAAAAAGAAGCGGAAAUAUUAAAAAUAGCCAAACUGGACCUCUUAAUGAUUAUGUUCCUCUUACUUUUGGAAAAUAAGAAAAUAUUACAAGCUAUCAACCUUUAGAUUAGGUACAAACAAGCUAUAUUAAUAAUAACAUUGCAAAUAAUCUUGUUGGUGGAAAUAAUAUUGUUUAUUAAGAAGUUAGAAAUAGUAAAUAUGGUAAUUAAUAAGAUACUCCUGGUGUUUAUGCAAAUCCAGAAGAAUUUAAUAAUGGCAACUAAUAACUCAAUUAAUAUAGUAUUAAAGAAUAUAAAGAUAUAUAAUAGUGAUUUAUUUUAUAUAAAAUAAAUACAAAGCAUAUAUAAUAUAA